AUAUAUAUAUAUAGAGGAAGAAAUUACCAUAUAGUUAAAGAAACAUAGAUGUGCCCUCCCAUAUACGUAUAUGUAUGCACAUAUAUAUAUGUGAUGACCUUGCUCACAUGCAUCAUAUUCCUGAACAACGUUCCAUUCUCCCCUGAAACUAGAAAAUUUACAAUUAAUUAAACAUGGCCAGGCUCUCAUGUUUUUCCACUGCUUUCUUUCUCAUCUUUGCCUUGAUCUGCACCAUUGAUGUCAUGACCGGCGGUGAGGGAUCACUUCGUGCUGAACAAUGCGGAGGGGCAUGUGCAUAUCGAUGCUCAGCAACUUCACACAAGAACCCAUGUAUUGAAUUCUGCAACAUGUGCUGCAACAAGUGUCUAUGUGUUCCUUCAGGCACAUAUGGACACAAGGAAGAAUGUCCAUGCUACAACAACUGGAAGACCAAGGAAGGAGGCCCCAAGUGCCCAUGA